AUGUCCGCUGCCGUAGCUCCGGUCGCCCCGGCCGCUGCUCCCGCCGCCCCGCCAGCGACCCCGUCUACCGCCCCGCCAACAGGUCUUUCCCCACCGCCCCUCUCCCCACCUCUGAUCUCUCCCUCCGCGCUCCCCAGCGGAGCAGGCACCCCAGAGGUGUCCAUGGUCGAGGCCAGCGACUUUACAGGUGUCACAUUCACCCCAGAACUGUGGAUGCAGCGCCGGCACUGGGCCCUCGAGGUGCUCCGUAAGGAAGGCAUCCGGUCCGUGCUCGAUCUCGGCUGCGGUCCCGGUAGCCUCCUCCAGACCCUUGUCAUCCCCCCGCAAACCAUCGCCGAGCGCCCAAUCGCAAAAGACGGCGACCUCCCAGAGGGCAGGGAACUCUUCAUCACCCGCGUGACGGCCGUCGACCAGGAGCCUGGCGUGAUGGCGUCGGCGAUGAAGACUCUCGAGCCAACGGGAGCACCCCGAUGGGAGACUCUCAACACGGAGCUGUGGCUCGGCGGCAUCGAGCGCUACAAUGCAAGGCUAGAGGGCUACCAGUCGAUUGUGGCUCUCGAGCUCAUUGAGCACCUCGACCCCCACAUCCUCAGCCGCUUUGGCGUCGUGACUCUGGGCACCUACCGUCCCAAGCUCAUGCUCGUGUCGACUCCUAACUUUGACUUCAACUCCAAGUUCCCGGACCAUGAGCAUGACGACUGCCCGAAGCGCGGCUUUGCGGACCCGACUGGCCGUACCGACCGUGUGUUCCGCCACUCGGACCACAAGAUCGAGAUGACCUACAAGGAGUUCCGCAACUGGGCCAUGGCCGCCGCCGCCGACUGGGGUUACGAGGUCGAGGUGUCUGGCGUGGGCAUCUCCUCCAAGCCCUCGUACUACGAAGGCAAGGACGGCAGGCAAGGCAAGCCCAUCUACGCCUCGAACACGGCCGUCUUCCGCCUCACCACCGGCGUCCCCAUGCGGUCUCCUCGCAGCGUGCGCACCGUCGAACUUCCGUUUGCCCGCGGCGUCUCCGAGGCCAUGCACCCCCACCGUCUUGCAGCCAAGUUUAUUCACCCCGUCACCGAGACUCCUUCCCCAGGCGCGCCCCUUGCCCCCGCGCAAGUCGAGGAGGCCGUCAUCACCGCCUUUUCGCACGUGUCGACGUCCAACCUCUCACUGUCGGAACUGUGGGGUCUGCCAGGCGUCGCAGCGGCAUGCGCAGGCAGCAAGCGACACCUCGUCUCGUCCCUUGGCGGAUGGGGCAACUGUGCGCCCCUGGACGGCGCGAGCGGAGCGUUCGAGGUGGUGCGCGCCGAGAACGGCCUGGAAGUGAGGCGCAAGUGA